GUCCGCGCCGCUCUGCCCCUGCUCGUUGAAAGUUUCCAUGCAUGGAAUGGAGCCGAUUACCCGCCGCUAGCAGAGGGAAGAGGGCUGAGCCUUUCAAGCUGCUGGGGGAACUUGAAGAGAGCAGGGGGAGGAGGACACGAAGGAUUGGUAUAACAAGGCUGUCGAUGUGCAGCGCAAUUCUUACUCCAAGCCUUUGAACCAACACGGAUGAAGAGGAGCGCGCUCCAUUCAUUUCGAGCGCAGGCAACUUUACUUUCUUGAGUCCGUGGCGCGGGUCCGUUUUCUACACAAUACUCUUCUAUUUUAAAAAAAAAGAAAAAGAUUAUUUUAAAAAACUGAAACACGAGACAACGAGACAGCAACACAUCCGCAGCUUCACGCGACCUCCUUGUUUUGGGAAGUUUGUUUCCCUCCCGUGCAGUCGCAUGACAUUUCUUUAAAGGACUGCAGAACCUGUCAGAGUUUCUUCACCUACCGCGUGGUGUGGGAUUUAGAGCUGAAACGGGGAGUUCUCAAAUGCAAAAGUACAUGUAUGAGAAAGCGAUGGCCCAAGAGACAAGGAACGGAGGAAGCUCUACGUUAAACAACAACAACGGUGUUGACACCAGCAAGAACAAACUGUUGGUAGCGCUCGACAUCUUCUGUCUUCUACUUGCUAUGCUGCCCAGCCUGGUUCUGCACCGCACUUCUAUUCGUCCGUACCAGAGGGGUCUGUACUGCAGUGACUCCAGCCUGAAUUACCCCUACAAGAACAGCACCGUCCCCUCCUCAGUGCUUAUUUCUGUUGGGUUGACACUGCCCGCGGUGUCCAUUGUGAUUGGGGAAUGCUUCAGGAUUCACCAACAACAUGUGGGAACCAAGUCGUUUGUUGGGAACCCUUACGUCGCAGCCCUCUACAAGCAGAUGGGCGUGUUUCUCUUCGGUUGUGCCGUCAGCCAGUCGUUCACAGACAUCGCCAAAGUGUCGGUGGGUCGUAUGAGACCACACUUCUUGGACGUGUGCAAGCCGGAUUUCUCCACCAUCAACUGUUCACUGGGAUACAUCACCAACUACACCUGCGCCGGUAGCGAGAGUGACGUUCAGGAGGCCAGGAAAUCCUUUUUCUCAGGACACGCCUCUUUCUCAAUGUUCGCCAUGCUCUACCUGGCUUUCUAUCUCCAGUCCAGGUUCACUUGGCACGGCGCCCGUCUGCUCCGCCCGCUGCUCCAGUUCACCCUGUUGAUGAUGGCAUUUUACACCGGCCUAUCACGCGUCUCCGAUCACAAGCACCACCCGACUGACGUCCUUGCAGGCUUUGUGCAGGGAGCCCUGGUGGCCUACUGCAUAGUGUUCUACGUGUCAGACCUGUUCAAGCCCGGGGUGAAGCCGGCCACGCCCCCGCCCUCCCCGAUCAAGAAGGAGCUGCUCCCUUCAUCCGACAUCAUCGAGAGGAACAACCACCACAACAUGGUGUGAGAGAGAGAGAGCGAGGCCGCACCUCUUUCCUGCGACCGAGGAGCCAAUCACAGCGCUGCUCACCUCCCAUCGGACAGUAGAAUGUAGCGACGAGAGACUGUAGCUGCUUCUCAAACGGCAUCCUCCUCCUCCUCUUUGUGGCGCUCAGCCGGGCGCCUCGUGGACUAGGGUGUCAGAUUUGAGAUUUGCACAGCAGAGUCCACUCUCACUAUCCAGACUUGUUAUUUACUAUCACGUUAACUACUAAUCAACAUUUUGAGCCCGUCGUUCUGAGCACAAGACAGGAAAGAAUUGGAAGCUAGAAGACAAAAUGAAUUCAGAAACUAUGAUGACUUGACAGGCAGAGCUGAGGGUGUGGAGGUUUGAUAGAAGUGUAAACCACGUAAAGAGAAAACACUUGUGAAGAAAAUGAAGAAAAGAGACAAAAUGAAAAAAAAAAAAAAAGAAAAAAGACAAACCCCCUGCCGAGAGAGAGGUGACCUUUCCUCUCUGAACUCUCUGUGGCCUUGGAACGCUGUAGGACAACAACUUCCUUAGCUACGGGAAGGAUAUUACUGCAAUAACUAGCAGCAUAGAAAUAUUAACAGUAUAGAAAAAUUAUAACUUAUAGCACUGUUUUUAAGUCCAUUGUCCAUUAUCACCACUCGCUGCCUGAGAUGUCUGACUGAAAGAAAGUUUGAUGAUGCUGACGUCCACGAGACAGAAACACUGACUCCUAGACGCCGACUGAGCCUGGUGUGGUCGUCUCACAAGACCUCAUACGAGCUAAAGCUAGCAUAGCAUAGCAUAGCAUGGCUGAAGUAACGAUAACCCUGUCAGGAUCACACGCUGAUCUCUUGAGGCCUCCAUGACUGAUCUCAGAGCAGUCCUCUGGCUGUCCUUCAAACCUUUAGCAUUGGAAAGUGAAGCCCUCCAACCUCAUAUACCUCUGUCUCCAGAUCGAGCACGUCAGGCUUUUUUGUAGUGGACUGUCAGUGCGGCCCAAACCCGGGAUGUUGCAUUUCUUGAGGGUUAGAUGUAGUAAAGGGGGGAGGGAAAAGGGAGGGGGGGGGGGGUAUUUUCUGUGGAAGGAGGGAGACAGAUCUCACAGUCUCUCCCCCACACCCAGCACCUGUACAGGAGGUGUGGCUGUGCCAUGCCACUCUCUGGUGUUGGGGCCAUGUGUUCAGCUUCCCAAACAGGAAGUAGAAUGGGUGGGCAGAGUGAAGGGGCGUGGUCUGUCACCGUGGAAAGAGGGUGAUGAUUUACAGCUAAGCUGGCACAUUAUUUUGGGAUGACUUGGGCUCUUUCCGCUGGCAGGGAGGGGCCUCUCACCCGCCCAAUCACUCAUUGGCAAUGGAUGUUUAUCUCUCAAUGUGUGUGUGUGUGUGUGUGUGUGUGUGUGUGCUGUACACUCUUGUGCUUGUGUGGGUACGCUUGUGCUUGUACAUGUACACCUUGUGCGUGUGAAUGUGUGUGUACAUAUGUGUGAGCGCUGUGCCCUGUGAAAACAACCCCCCCCCCUUGAUAAACUACGUGUGUCAAAUGAAACACACACAGUCAGCUGUGCCAAGUAAGUGUGUGUGUGCGUGCGCCUGUGUGUGUGUGCCUGUGUGUGUGUGUGUGUGUGCCUGUGUGUGUGUGUGUGUGUGUGCCUGUGUGUGUCAGAGAGCAGGUGAACGUUAUAAAAACUGUGGAUCUAGUAUUUUUAUUCUCUGCUGAGAAGCAUCUUUAACCUUGUGUUUAUAGCCUGUCCUGUAUAAUCACUAACAGUUGUACAGACACAGAAGCCCUUUUUAUUUACAGCCGACUCAGACAUCCUCCUCCAACAACACACUCCGCCAUGUUGCACAUCUUUCUCAUCGUAUAGUCCGUCCUAUCAUUUCACAAAGCCGUUUUCACUCUUUUUUUAUAAAUAUAUAAAUAAUGUAUAGAUCACUAAAAUUAACAUGUUUAGAUAUAUCCACUAUGAUUACAGACCUGUGUUCUUUACAAAAUGCUGCUUAAAAAGCAUCGAUUGACAGAUUUUUGUAUUUAGACAACUAAACUAUUGUAGAUUGUAAUAGUUAUGUUUGUAAUGCAUUCAAAAAAUACAUCCACAACUGUAUUAAAAUUCAAUAUUAGUAUUUUUGUAUUGUCUUGUUUUUUUGUACAAAAGAAAUAGUAGCAAAGCUGUUUUUUCUGCUAAAUGUACUUAGCUCUAAUACAUGUGCUUUUAAAUAAAAAGCUCAUUAUGAACACAA